GGGGAGGAGCCUCUCCUGCAGCCGCCGCCGCCUCUGCAAUUGCAAACCCGGAAGACGCGUUCUGCCAGCUGGAGUGUGCGGGCCGGUCCGGCACGGCCAUGCAGCCUCUGGAGGUCUUUUCUCGUGGCACCCUGUAUUCAUGGCCUUGGCGUUCUGCCUCUGCAUGGCUGAGGCCAUCCUACUCUUCUCGCCUGAGCACUCCCCGUUCUUCUUCUGUUCCCGAAAGGCUCGGAUCCGGCUUCACUGGGCAGGGCAGACUCUAGCCAUCCUCUGUGCAGCCCUCGGCCUGGGCUUCAUCAUCUCCAGUAGGACCCGCAGUGAGCUACCCCAUCUGGUGUCCUGGCACAGCUGGGUGGGAGCCCUGACACUGCUGGCCACCGGUGGCCAGGCACUGUGUGGGCUCUGCCUCCUCUGUCCCCGGGCAGCCAGGGUCUCGAGGGUGGCUCGCCUCAAGCUCUACCAUCUGACCUGUGGACUGGUGGUCUACCUGAUGGCUACAGUAACGGUGCUGCUGGGCAUGUACUCAGUGUGGUUUCAGGCCCAGAUCAAAGGUGCAGCUUGGUACCUGUGCCUGGCACUGCCCCUCUAUCCAGCCCUGGUGAUCAUGCACCAGAUCUCCAGCUCCUACUUGCCAAGGAAGAAAAUGGAAAUGUGAAUUCCUCCAACUCUGAAUCUAGGUGGGACACUUGCCAUGGACAUCAAUGGUUCCUUUUUUGACCUACAAGGGACCCACUUCAGAAGUGGUCAGGUUUUGUACUUCUUGGUUGAGCCAGGGGCUGCAAAAACCCAAGCUGCUAUUGUUGAGGGAUAACUCUGUGGGCCAAAAUAGGGAAAUGUACUGGGUGCAAGUGGGAGGUGAUGGAGACCUUGAACCAGAAGCCUUUACUCGUCAAUGGGAGAUAGAAUAUUGGGUGAUGCUGUUGGUAGUAAUUUCUUGCUUGGGUUCCUCUUAGUCAGCGGUUCUCAACCUGUGUGUGGUGACCCACCAGAAUUGUAUUAA